AGAAUGUGAGCAAAGAUUUGUUUGGAUGGGAAUCUCUAGUAGCCGUGUUUCUCGUUUUCCCUUUGUCCCUACCAAACGCACCCUUAAAUAGAAGCGUCAAAACCUCGCCACUCCCCACUUCCGCCAUUUUCCAAAGCUUGUUCUAUUCGCAUUCGUCUUCUUCGCUGAUCAAUAAUGAGCUGCUCAGCCAACCUGUUCACCAACCACAAUCCGCUUUCGCCGGCGGCCAAUAAGUACCGCCGCUCGACCAAUCUCGUUCCGCAAUACAGGAGACUCGCAAUCCCUCCUUGCAAUGGCGGCGGGAGAGUGGCGGCGUGCCUUAACGUGGAAACGCGCGCACCGGAUUCCGGGGCGGCGAAGUUGGGAACCCGGGCGAAGAGCAGCGAGAUUAUGGAGGAAUCUGAGAGGUAUUUCGUGGGGACCUAUGCCAGAGCUCCCCUGGUGCUUUCUAGUGGCAAAGGCUGUAAAUUGUACGAUGUUGAAGGGCGAGAGUACUUGGAUUUGACCUCGGGGAUUGCCGUCAAUGCCCUCGGCCAUGCCGAUCCCGAUUGGGUCCGGGCGGUUACCCAGCAGGCUAAUAUCCUAACUCACGUCAGCAAUAUCUACCAUUCACUUCCGCAGGUUGAACUGGCAAAACGCCUUGUCGGUUGCUCAUUUGCUGACCGUGUUUUCUUCUCAAAUUCUGGAACUGAAGCAAAUGAAGCUGCAAUUAAGUUUGCAAGGAAGUUCCAGAGAUUUUCACAUCCUGACAUGGAGCAGCCUCCUGUGGAGUUUAUUGCCUUCUCCAAUUGCUUUCAUGGGAGGACUAUGGGCGCUGUUGCUUUGACAAGUAAAGUGCAUUAUAGGUCACCAUUUGAACCUGUGAUGCCGGGAGUUACUUUCUUAGAAUAUGGUAAUAUUCAGGCAGCAACAGAACUGAUUCAGAGUGGAAAAAUUGCUGCUGUUUUUGUCGAACCAAUCCAGGGUGAAGGGGGCAUAUAUAGUGCUACAAAGGAGUUUUUACAAGCUCUACGUACUUCCUGUGAUAAUGCUGGUUCACUUCUUGUGUUUGAUGAGGUUCAAUGUGGCCUAGGACGAACUGGUUAUCUUUGGGCGCAUGAAGCUUAUGGUGUAUACCCGGAUAUAAUGACGCUAGCCAAGCCCCUUGCCGGAGGUCUACCUAUCGGGGCCGUGCUGGUGACCGAGAAGGUAGCCGCUGCCAUAAACUAUGGAGAUCACGGCAGCACCUUCGCCGGUGGUCCUCUGGUCUGCAAUGCCGCAGUGACUGUACUAGAUAAAAUUUCAAACCCAGAAUUUCUGGCCAGUGUUUCCGACAAAGGACAGUACUUCAAAGAACUGUUGGGCAAGAAGCUGGGAGGAAACAACCAUGUGAAGGAGAUAAGAGGCUUCGGGCUCAUCAUCGGCAUAGAACUCGAUGUGGCGGCAACGCCACUCGUGGAGGCGUGUCAAAACUCCGGCCUCCUCGUCUUGACUGCCGGAAAAGGCAAUGUUGUGAGGCUUGUUCCUCCUCUCAUCAUCUCAAAGCAGGAAUUAGACCAAGCAGCCGAUGUUUUAGCUGCCUGUUUGCCUGUGUUGGAUAAGAGCACCUAAGUUGCCAUAUCUCUGCUUGUCUGUAAGCUUUUUCAUUACACAAGUAAUUUGGUUUUUGUUUGCUUUUGUUAGUCAAAAAACUCACUAUUCCCCUAGAGUCCGGAUGCAACAUUUAUGAAUAUUUUUUUUUAGUACUA